AUGGCGACUCCUCCACUCGCGAUGCGCGGCCUCCGUGACUUCCUCCUUGCAACGCGCCACCGCGAGUCUCCCAUCAUUUACAUAGUGGAGCUUGGAGGACUAGAUGAAACACAAACACAAAGAGAGCUGCAUCAUGAUGAUGAAGAAAUAGAGAAUGUUCAUCGUUCUUAUUUGUCUUCAGUGAAAGAAAGUGAGGAGGAAGCAAAAGCUUCACUUCUUUACAGUUACAGGCACAGUAUGAAGGGGUUUGCAGCAUUGCUUAGCAGAGAAGAAGCAAAGGAGGUGUCAGAAAUGGAGGGAGUGGUGCGUGUGCAUAAGAGCAAGGGAAUGAUGUAUUCAUUGCAUACAACAAGAUCAUGGGAGUUUGUUGGAUUAGAAGGUCCUUUGAAUCCUAAUUGGGCUGAUUAUGAAGAAUUAUCUUCACAUCAAAAGAUAAAAAAUGGACAAGAUUUGUUAUGCAGAGCUAACUAUGGACAAAAUCUCAUUGUUGGAAUGAUUGAUAGUGGGGUGUGGCUUGAAUCAAAGAGCUUCAGUGAUGAAGGAAUGGAGCCUGUUCCACAAAAAUGGAGAGGAAUCUGUCAAAAUGGAACUGCUUUCAACUCAUCUCAGUGUAAUAGAAAGAUCAUUGGAGCACGAUAUUACUUACAAGGUUAUGAAAGUCAAUAUGGCCCUCUAAAUGAAGAGGAAGACUACAAGUCAGCCCGUGACAAAGAUGGGCAUGGAACUCACACGGCCUCCAUAGUCGCAGGCCGUGCGGUUCCAAGUGCCUCGGCCAUUGGGGGUUUCGCCAACGGCACAGCCUCUGGCGGAGCCCCGAUGGCCCGCAUUGCCAUAUACAAAGCAUGUUGGCCCAUCAAAGGGCAAUCAAAACAUAAAGGCAAUGUAUGCAUAGAUAUUGACCUUCUUAAGGCCAUGGAUGAUGCCAUUGGUGAUGGAGUUGAUGUCUUAAGCGCUUCCAUUGGUUACAAAACACCAAUUCCUUACAAGGAUGAUGUGAUUGGUAGGGCAGCAUUACAUGCGACAAGGAAGAACAUUGUGGUGGUUUGUAGUGCUGGGAAUAAUGGUCCUUUGCCUUCAAAUUUGUCAAACAUUGCACCAUGGAUCAUCACUGUUGGUGCUAGUACUGUGGAUCGUUCAUUUGUUGCACCAAUUAUGCUACAAGGUGGCACAAUUAUUGAGGGUAGAUCAAUUACUCCAGUGCACAUGCCAAACAGCUUCUACCCAUUGGUGCUGGCAAGCCAAGUUGAACUUCCAGGCCUACCUACUAAUGCUUCUGGAUUCUGUUUGGACAACAGCCUUGAUCCUAAAAAGGUCAAGGGGAAAAUAGUUGUGUGCAUGCGAGGGGAAGGAGAAAACAUAAGAAAGGGAUUGGAAGUUGAAAGAGCUGGUGGUGUUGGUUUCAUCCUAGGAAACAAUGAACAACUUGGGAAUACUCUAUAUUAUGCCGCUUACUUCAUUCCUUCUACUGUAGUGACCUAUCAAAAUGUCUUGAAACUCAUUCAAUACAUCAAUUCUUCUUCUAAUCCAAUGGCAUAUAUUCUACCUGGAACAACUGUGUUGAAUACCAGACCAGCACCCUUAUUGGCCUCAUUCUCUAGCAGGGGUCCAAAUAUAAUUGACCCUCAUAUUCUCAAGCCUGACAUAGUAGCUCCAGGAGUAGACAUAUUAGCAGCAUGGACUGCAGAAGAUGGGCCCACAAAAGUGACAAAUAUAGAUAAACGAGUUGUUAAGUACAACAUCUUAUCAGGAACUUCCAUGGCUUGCCCUCAUGUCUCUGCUGCUGCUAUUCUUCUAAAAGCUAUACACCCUACUUGGACCUCUGCUGCUAUAAGGUCUGCUAUCAUCACCACAGCUGGGACAACAGACAACACAGGAAAUCCUUUAACUGACACAAAUGGUGAUCCUGCAACCCCAUUUGCAAUUGGUGCUGGACACUUCAACCCUGUAAAGGCAGCAGAUCCUGGACUAGUUUAUGAUGCUUCUUACAUGGACUACCUUCUCUAUACUUGUAGCAUUGGAGCGACUCAAUACUUUCAAGUUACUUAUAAAUGCCCAAAUUCAACAUCAUUGCCUGAACCAACAGAUCUCAACCAUCCAUCUAUACAAAUCCACAGACUCAAUGGAACUAAGAAUAUUAAGAGGACAGUCACCAAUGUUGGUAAGAGCACCAGUAUUUACACGUUUACUGCUAAGUCAUCAGAGGAGUUUUCCAUCACAGCAACUCCAAAUAUUCUUGCAUUCAAUCAUGCUGGACAGAAAAUUAGCUUCAAUAUUACAGUAACAGCAAAGAUGGGUCAGAUUCCAAACAAGGAUGGCCCAGCUAGAUACUACUUUGGAUGGUAUGCUUGGACUAACAAGAAUCAUGUUGUAAGAAGCCAAGUUGCAGUGUCUUUUACCUAAUAUUAUUGCCUCUUGUUAAUAAUUUCAAUUGAUUUAUUAUUGGAGGAGCAUGCAUGAUUCAGAUAAGGUACAACUACUAGAAGCACAAGUUGAUGGUAUAUAGUAGCUAGGAUCAAGAAAUAUAUAAUAUGUUAAGAAU